CUUCACACUUUGUACAGCGGCUCUCAUUUCGAACACACUUUUAUGUACUGCACAAGAAAUCGAACGUUCAUUUAUAUUCUAUUCAAGACGGAGUAAGGUAUGGCAGUCACACAAAGUGUCAACUGCAGUUUAGAUGAUAUAGACUUGAAUAGUUUAAAGGAUCCGGCUGGAAUUUUUGAACUGAUAGAAGUUGUCGGAAAUGGGACAUAUGGUCAAGUUUACAAGGGUCGUCAUACAAAGACAGGGCAGUUGGCAGCCAUUAAAAUCAUGGAUGUUACAGAGGAUGAGGAAGAAGAAAUAAAGUUAGAGAUCAAUGUUCUAAAAAAGUACUCUCAUCAUCGAAAUAUAGCAACUUACUAUGGAGCUUUCAUCCAAAAGAGUCCUCCGGGGAAAGACGACAAAUUAUGGCUUGUUAUGGAGUAUUGUGGAGCUGGAUCUGUCACUGAUUUAGUAAAGUCAACUAAAGGCCAACCCAUUAAAGAAGAAUGGAUUGCUUAUAUCUGUCGAGAAAUUUUGAGGGGUCUCAGUCACUUACAUGCAAAUAAGAUCAUACAUAGAGACAUUAAAGGUCAAAAUGUUCUUUUGACAGAUAAUGCAGAGGUUAAAUUAGUUGAUUUUGGAGUCAGUGCACAAUUAGACCGCACCAUAGGAAGACGGAACACUUUCAUUGGGACUCCUUACUGGAUGGCACCCGAAGUUAUUGCCUGUGAUGAAAAUCCAGACGCAACUUAUGAUAAUAGGAGUGAUCUUUGGUCGUUAGGAAUCACUGCUCUUGAAAUGGCUGAAUCACAGCCACCUUUAUGUGAUAUGCAUCCCAUGAGAGCAUUAUUUUUAAUUCCACGUAAUCCACCACCACGACUGAAGUCAAAGAAGUGGGCCAAAAAAUUUCAUAGUUUUAUUGAAACUGUUUUAGUAAAAGAUUAUCAACAACGUCCAUACACUGAUCAAUUGUUAAAGCACCCCUUUAUAAGAGAUCAACCAACUGAGCGUCAAGUGAGAAUUCAACUGAAAGACCACUUAGACAGAUGUAGGAAGAAUAAAAAAGGUGAAGAAAGAGAUCAUGAUGAAUAUAGAUACAGUGGUAGUGAUGGUGAGGAAGAUGAUGUUAUUCCUGCUCAAAUAAGGAAUGCCGUAGACGGUGAUUCAACUUUACGGAGAAAUUAUCAAGACGACAGUCGUACAUUAACUCCUGGUGCAGGAAAUUAUCUACCUCCUGAAACUCCGGCACCACCUCCUCGCCCACCUGUGCCCCCUCAAAGAUUGAUUGUUGUUCCAGAUCCGCCACCACCCAGUAAGCCAUUACCUCCUAUACCCGGAGAAGAAAAGAAACCUGCUACUCCACCCCGUAAUCAACAACUACAACCUCCAGCUUUACCACCCAGUAGAAAUGCUGCUAUCAUUAAACCAAUUGCAAGAAAACCAGAUGAACUAGAUGUGCUAGCAUCCCAUUUAGGGGAUAGUCUUGGAAUAGAGAACAAUAAUAGUCCUAUGAGUAGCAAUUUGCCUCCUGCAUUACCCAUUCUGAUGGAUGAAUAUUCUACAUUGAAUGGCAGUUCUCCAGAAUUUCCACCACCACCACCUCCAAUUGUAUCUGAUUCAGAUGACGACGACGAUGAUGAAGAUGAUGGACAGGUGCAAAAUGAUGGCACUCUUCUAGCAUCUGAUCCACCUCGACCACUGCCUCCAGAUUGUUAUAAUACUGAUACCUUGAGAGCUUUGGUGCAAAAAGUUUCUAGUCAAGCACCUAAUCGCCCGUUGCCACCCACCCCAGAUGAAGAAGAUGCUAAAGCAUUAAUUCAAAGGGUGGAUAACUCAAAAGAAGGAAGAGAAAGGCAAAACUCGCCAAUUUCGCAAGAUCUGAGCAGAAUACAUGGUCAACGAUUAGAAUCAUCCCAAAGCACACCAGCAAACAUUGGAAUGGCUGGUUCACGACCAACUCCCGAUAUUUUCCCUCAACAUUCUUCUCAACAAGUGCUGGGAUCAAAAGUUGACAGAUCUGAUGAGUUUCAUCACAAACAGAGAUCAUUCCUCACUUUUGGUUUUGGUGCUGGUAGUGGUUCUUCACCAUCUCCACAAAAGCAAUCUCAAAUUAAUGUUAAUGUUACACCAACAGCUCAUGAAACAACACCUGACACGCCAGAAAUCAGAAAGUAUAAGAAGAGAUUCAAUUCAGAAAUUCUGUGUGCAGCUUUGUGGGGUGUAAAUCUCUUGAUUGGCACUGAAAAUGGUCUUAUGUUGCUUGAUAGAAGUGGUCAAGGUAAAGUUUAUCAACUAAUAUCUCGUCGUCGGUUUCAACAAAUGGAAGUUUUGGAAGGUCAAAAUAUUUUAGUUUCUAUAUCUGGGAAGAAAUCGAGAGUUCGAGUAUAUUAUUUGUCUUGGUUAAAGAGCAAGAUACUUCGAUCUGAUGGACAAAUUGAGAGGCAGAAUGGGUGGAUAAAUGUAGGUGAUCUUCAAGGAGCUGUACAUUUUAAAAUAGUGGUGUGGUCUAUUCCUCAACACGGCUUUAAAGACUGGGAAAAUACAUUUCGAAUAUGGAGUGGCAAUGUGAAAUAUGAAAGAAUAAAGUUCCUCGUCAUUGCUCUUAAAGAAAGUGUUGAAAUUUAUGCUUGGGCGCCUAAACCAUACCACAAAUUUAUGGCAUUUAAAUCCUUCUCUGAUCUUUUGCAUAAGCCAACUCUUGUUGAUUUGACUGUCGAGGAAAACAUUCGCCUUAAAGUUAUAUUUGGUUCUGCUGAUGGAUUUCAUGCUGUGGAUCUUGAUUCUGGUGCCGUGUAUGAUGUUUAUCUCCCAACACAUUCCCAGGGAUCAAUUACACCUCAUGCGAUUGUUACUUUGCCGAAUUCAAAAGGAAUGCAGCUAUUAUUGUGUUAUGACAAUGAGGGCAUUUAUGUGAAUACUUUUGGAAAAGUUAGUAAGAACAUUGUGUUGCAAUGGGGUGAAAUGCCUACCUCUGUGGCUUACAUUGGAACUGGGCAGGUCAUGGGAUGGGGUAACAAAGCUAUUGAAAUAAGGAAUGUUGAGACAGGUCAUUUAGAUGGUGUCUUCAUGCACAAAAAGGCCCAAAGAUUAAAGUUUUUAUGUGAAAGAAAUGAAAAGGUAUUUUUUUCAUCAGCAAAGGGUGGUUCUGCGUGUCAAAUAUAUUUUAUGACUUUGAGCAAGCCAGGAAUGAACAACUGGUAGAGGAGUAAAGAACUUUUAAGUGCUUCAAGGUUUAAAUGUAGCUGUUAUUGUAUAUGUGUGUGUGUCGAAAUAAUUGUAUUAUACCGCUCAAUGUAUACUUUUACGAGCAGUUUGCUACUUUUGUAAAUAUUAAAGCCAUUUUUAUUUAUAAACAUUGUGCUUGUUAAAAGUAUUUUAACACAUUUAUAAAUAAGUUUUCUUAUAUGUUUUCAUCAGUGUAAUGUGCUCAUGCAUUUUUUUAAGUUGUAAUAAAGUUA